GACAUUUUCCCAGCUCUUAACGGAAUCUGAUGUAUUUUUUUUAUCAUUGCGUUGUGGCGCGAUCGAAUUUGUUUGGAAGUCGGGAAAUCAGCAUUACAGUGUUAAAAGUUAUUUGGUUUUGGAUACCGCCAGCUUUAACAAAAAGUAUGCAAAAUUUGUAGCACUUGGAUGUGUAUACAUCCGCAUGUUUUAACAAAGACCAAACAAAGGGAACAAAGAAAGGACGGAGGGAUAGAAGGAGAAAGAGAGAAACCCGUUCUCCGCCCAUGCGCACAGCUGAUACAGAACCUGACCUAACGGUAAACCGAUUGUCUCGGCACUACAAAAGCGGAAAUCGAAAGUGAAACGGAAGUCCGCUGGAAUAGCGUAGCGAAAUAACACAGCCCGCUUACAGCGGGAGCCGAAAACCGAAGUUGAAAGCCAGGAAGGCAACAAGAAUCAGAAUAAAUUAAAGCGCAGCAAAUUGAAUAUGUUCCAAGCCCUGCCCCGACCUUCAAGGUCCACGCUCCACUGUGGAGCCACAGCCAUCGUCACAGUCAUCCUCAUGGCCUGGGUCCGACCGCUGGGCGUGCUAUUCCUGGGAUUAUUGGCCUAUUGGAUCUACUGGACACGCUGUAGCUUUCGGAUUGUACCCACGGACGAGCUGCGCGACAAGGUUAACGGCUGGCUGCAGAAGGUAAACGACUGGCGCCACAGCAGUCCCAGCAUGUUCUGCUUGGUCAGCAGCAGCUGCUUGGGCACCCUCGCGGUGUUAGGCCACCUUAUCUCCGGCUCCACGCUGGUUCUGACCAUCCUAGUCGUCUCUGCCCUUGUCUCCACCAAGUACAACUUCAAGCUGCUGAAGAUCGAGCACAAGGACUUCCAAUGGACAGAGAAGCUUAACUACAACAACUUGGAGGCCGAGGCCGAGGCGGAGGACGAGUUUCUGCCGGACGUGAAUGAGUCAAAUCUUUUUGUGCUGGAGCUAGCAAGCGAUGUGGCCACCAUCAGUUCACCCACCGAUGCGAAGGACGAGGAGGAUGACGAGCGCAGCGACGACAUACCUUCGGAGCUGCUGAUUCCGGACGUGAUACCCGAGAUCGAUGAACACUCCACCGACGAAGAUGAUGAUCUGGCACCUAUGGCGGCCAAAAGGCAAGAGAAACAGCAGCAGCAACCGCAUAUAGCCAAGGAGAACGAAGAUAUGAACUUUAGAAAGGGCCAUUUCAAGCGCGAUUCGUCGCUGUCCACCACGUCAUCCUCGUCCGAAGAGAGCCUCUCCAAGGGGCUGCAGUUCCCUGACCACACCUCCGUGGAUGCAAGUGGGAACACUCAGUUGCGCCAAAUAACCGCUGGACCCGAUCCCGCUGGCGAGCUUAUGGCCCUGGCCGUAAAAACCCAGGCUCAAGCGCUUUUGUCAAACAGCGGGAAGCUCCUCCCCAGUCUUGUGUCUGGCCUGGUGAAGUGGGGUUCAGGUGGUGCUGCCUCAGCUAAUUCCGACGGUGAUGCGACCGAUGCGAGUCGAAAUCGCGAGCAACAGCGCAUUGUCACCGCCUUAGAUUCUUCGGACGAGAGCGACUUUGAGAUACUCGAAACGGAUGACUUCAAGUAAGGAUUGGAUCGAAUCGAAGAUUGGUCCGAUUUGACGUAUUAUAAAGCUAUUAUCUUAAUAUACAUGUGCAUACACACACAGAACACAACUUAUCGACAGACAAAACAAGUUAAAAAAUCAGACGUAGCAGACGGUUUGAACGGUUAUAUUUUCCCUGGUGGAGAUCAGUUAUACAUACAUUUUGCUGUAGACUAGUGCUAUAUAUAGAUGUAUACUAAAUUAAAUGUCCAAAACUACUCUAAAAUUAAGCCAAAAAUUAAAAUUUUUUGAUGGCUUUGUACAUGUUUAUUUAUAUAACCCUAGGCUUAUUCCUAUUUUAUUUUUUAGUCCUUUUGUGCUUAUCUACUUACCACAAACAGAAAAAACAACGACCGACAGCAUGCAAAAUGUAAAUAUACCACAGAUACACUCAUCUAUCAGGAGUGCCACAGCAAUCGCAAAGCGCUGAAUGGGGCCGAGUUUCUUAUGUGCAUCAAUACAAAUUUUACGCGACUUAGCGCUAUAGUGAUUUCUAUGGCACCCAUGCAUGGGUUAUAUUGAUGUUGUUGUGAGGGAGAGAUUCUUAAUCUAAAUCCAAAUCAAAAACUGAAAGCAAAUUAAAAACCAAAAAAUGACAAAAUAAGAAAUCAAACGAAAAUAUUAAGAAAUAUGGUCCAGUGAUAUCUUUUAACACCCACUCGACAUUAAACGUGCACAAAUCAUAAAAUAACAAAAUAAAAAAUAAUGAAGACAUCGAUUUACUAGCGAUUUUUGUCCCUGGCUAUUAUUGUACAUUGAAGAACAUAACUGAAACAUAAAAACCAGUAACAAACUUUUAUUUGUAUUUUUGUUAUUAUUUGCACUAUGUAUUUUAAGUUAUAGUUUAAUUUGCUAAACAAAACUAAAUGUGAUUUUGUAAAAACAAAAGAAACUGAAAUAAAAAUCAAAAAGACCUCGAAUUGCGAUCUCGAUUGCUGUCAA